GUUGGUCCAAAGAGCUCCCUCUACUUGGAUGCUAUCUUUGGGUCCCAGACAGAGAAGAAGACGGCGAGAAUUUAAUUAUAGACUAACCGUUACCCCGUGGUUAAAUGCACCUGAAUUCGCGCCCGUCGCAUAUUUUUUUUGCAUCCAUAUUUCGUAAAUUUUGAUUGCCUGUUAACAUGAAGUAAUUAAAUUACUUGGGCAGGAUUAUUACUAAGAAACUAAUUUUGCGGUAAAUUAAGAAGCUAUCGCUAUUCAGUACUGCUUCGACUUGCGCACAAAUUAACAGUUGAGAUACGGCUACUAUUAUAAAGACAUAUCCAGUUUGACUAUAUUUUCCAAAAACGACGACUCUGUGUUUUAUUUGUUACAGUGGUAUAACACUUUCACAUUUGCAUAAAUCAUAUUUUCUUCAGGUGAUGGUGAUUCCGUAAUAAUUGUGGAUGGUGUUGAAGAUGGAGGUAACCAGAAAUUAUUUACGUCUGAGGUUGGCACUAUUAAGGUAAUUAAUUAUGGAUGCAGGGUAUUAUACCAAUUGUUUGUUAUUCUUUUUAGUGUGUGACGACCGACAAAGAGAGGACAGAGACUCACAAAAUGCAGAAAGUAAGUGCACCAUUUUAUGAAUAAAUUUUGAUAAUCAAUAAUAAUAAUGAUAAUAAUAUUACGCUAGUCCUCGCUUGAGUUUCUAUAAGAUGGAUAUACUUUAUAAGCGAUCAAUUUACAUUUAUUAAUUGUUGAGAAAAAAAUAUAAUAUUUGUUCUCUUUAGACGCUAACGAUUCCAUACAAUUCGUUAUUAAUAACGAUAGAAAAGGUAACAGCAUUAUCGUUUGCGCAAUUUUGAUGUGUUUGUGUCAUUUUAGGUAUGCACGCGAAUGUCUCAGUUUAUUGAAAAUGUAGUUUGGAUCAAUUUAUAUCUUGUUGCUUCUAGGAUAUACGACAACUGGUGAUAAUGAGUGUAAGUGCUUCAGAUACAAUUCUUCGAAAAUUUUACUGAAAUAUUUGUACAUUAAUCUACCAAGGGAAUGAAGGGGUGGACAAGAAUAACUAUAAAAUUUUUUACGGAAUUUGAAAUGGAUCGUACAUGGAGCAUUUUGUGAAAGUAUUUGAAAAAAGACAAAAACAAACUAAAGGAUAUAAGGAACAAUGUUUCUCAUAGUUAAUCAAAGUUAUGUCGGUUAUUAACCUACUUUUUGAUUCCAGUGACAGAGUGCAACAUUUUUAACAUCGAAAUGAAUCAAUUAUCCGAUAGUACAAUUACCAACUACUUCGGUGAGUACUGUAAUUGAUUAAAAUAAAUGACUCUGUUUUGUCCUUACUACGUACGCUGGCCUUUGGAUGCGGAACUGGUUCUUAUUAAAACAGGAUGACCUAUUUAAAGAGUGCGUUUGCAGUUAGGACAGGUAAAAUAUUGACAAAAGACUGUCGCACUUUCAAAAAAACUGUGUCAUAAGAUGGGACAGGCCUAACUGCGAAAAAGGGCUCUAACCCUUUCAAAAAGACGCUAAAAAUUUACCUACGUGAAAAAAAUGACGUAAGAUAAAAAUCAAAGUAAAAGGUACCUAGCUAGAUUAAUACAAACCAUACUGUGGUUGUUAACUUUGUCGCCAGAUAUUAAAAAACACCGAACUCACAAACUCCUGUGGGGAUGUCACAAGUUAGCCAUGGCCCGUCAAGCGCAGUGUGUUUAAAAAUGGGCAGUCCGUUUAUAGACGCGUCGUGUCUUAAGUUGGGUCAGAAUAAUUUUAUUUGAGCUCUUAUCAUUGUUUACUUUGAAUUUGUUUUUUUAGAUAAAAAUGACCAGAGAAGAGGUAACAAUUAUAACACACGUAGACUUGACAAAUAAUAGUUUGAAAGUAUAUUAUCUAUGUUACAAGUAUAACAAUGACAUUAUCUAUUUGUUUACUAGCAAACGAAAUUAGCAAGUGUUGUGUAAAUGCUAGUACAAGUGAAAUUUUGGCGAAGUUGAGAGCGCAACCUGAAAAUAAUAUCAUACUGUCCAUGCUGGGUUCUAAAACAAAAAUUCGAACCUACCAACUGAAAGAAACAUUGGAGGAUAGCGUUGGAGACGAUGUUAUAUUCGAGUAUUUAAAGAUAGUGGCAACAAGUAUGAAUGAUGUAAGGAAAUAUUUGCAGCCUAUAUGCUUUUUUUUAAUUGGAUAAUAAGGCUAAAUUUAAAAUUAGCUCUGGAAUUUUAAUGGUUUCAGAAAAACAUUAAAGUUACUUCGCCCGGAGAAUUGAUAACAGAUGAAACAUAUCUGCCAAAGGGCACGCAAAAUAUCGUACGUAUUAAUUUAUUGUCUGAUAUACUAACGAUCGUAUUAGCGAGGUGCCUUGACUUUUAUAUUUUCUCACGAAAAUGUUUCAGGAAGAACUGAUGGCGCUCGAUCUGUUGAUCUCGUGUAAUGUUCACAACUAUCACUGGACACUAACAGCGGUUUUCCCCAAACAAAAAAUGAUUUCCCAUCUUAAUCCUAUGGGUAAAGAAGUUAGCGCGUUAAAUGGCGUGCUACAUAAAUGGAAGUAAGUUCACCAGACGGUAUAUCCUAUCAAUAUUUUAACAAAUUUCUAAAUUUUUAACUCAUGGUUUUGUUUAGUGCCUAUCUGGAAAGGAAAUACGGGCUAAAGGAAAUAUGGCCUCUGCAAACGAUUCCUCACGCAAAACAACAAGACAGCGUAUCUUGUGGGAUAUUUUGCGCAAAGUUUGCUGAGUGUAUUAUGAGCAAUCAGAAAAUCCCCGUUGAAUUUACCAAAAACGAAGUCAUCGAGUUUCGAAAUGACAUUGUGAGAAAAUUGCUUCAAGAGGGAGAAAAAGAUGAGACCUGGCAUUUAAAGUUUUGCAGACUGUGUGGAUCCCUUGAUGGUCCAAAAAAGAACAAGGGUCAAACAACGGAUCGUUGGGUCCGAUGCGACAACUGCAUUCCCCAACGUUGGUAUCACGUUCUUUGCACCAACGUUGUCAUUAAUGAAGAAGGCAACAAUCCGUUUUCGUGUAAAGAUUUAGUCAAUAUUCAUACUUUGGAGACGCCAAAUGCAACUAAGGCACAUGUAAGUUGAUUCUAAUGUAAGAUUGUAAAUGUCUCAGCAUUGAUACCUCUCUGAACUGUGAAGCGUCAACUUUGGCUUUAGUUAGUUAUGAUAAGAAACUGAGUUACUUAUUCUUUGGAUUCUCAUAAAUGUGAUACCAUAGUUUGCGAACUUAUGCAAGAAAGUUUUAAAAAAAGUUAUGGUGUCUAAUUUAGGUCCCAGUUACAUUAGCCGAAAAAGGAAUAAUAAAACUCAAGAAACGCACAAAGCGUAUUAAAAAAUGUCAUGGUUGUGGCUUAGAAUUUAAGAGAGAAAUCGUUUACCCCGACAAUUUUUGCCUUGUCACAAUGCUGGAACGCUUAAUCCGUGGGGAAAAGGCUCCAAGUGGUGUGAAAAAAAUGACAACCGUACAUUUUCACGUAAGAAAAGAAUGUUUACGGAAAAAGAAGCUGGAGCCCCGUGUGUUUUUACCGGAUCAUAUCAAUGUGACCGAAGAACAAAAAAAGAUAUAUAAAAAAGACGGCAUAUGUAUGUAAUAUUUGUGUGUUUUUACAAGAAAUUCAUCUUUUUCAUUUACUUAUCUGCGUAACGCUUUGUUAUAUGUUCUUUGUGUUAGAAAUAGAAAAAGCAAUCAUUAAGUAUAGAAAGGGGGUUAAAGAGUUUAUAUUUAUCAGUUCAUUGUCAAUUGUAGAAAGAUCAUUUUAUUCACGGAGUUUGUAUCACCCCUUAAUGAAAAAAGAAAGCUAUGGCCUGAUAAAUAAUAUAUUGUACUGUCGCUAUUUACUAUAUAGCGUAGCUAGGAAAAUCGUUUAGACAAAUUCUAUAUAAUGUUCUAAGGGGGCAGAAUAUUCUACGCCGCUUAGAAUAUACUGCCCCCCCCCCCCCUAGCCGUUUUUCCAGCCAUAUUGCACAAACAAUUUCUUUUGUGAAUGGAUUGAACGUACUCCACUUGAGGAACAUUUUGCGCCAUUAGUGGAUAUGUGAAAACUUCAUCUUCAUGUAAUUUACAGGGGGGAGAAUAUUCUAAGGGCGCAGAAUAUUUUACGCCGCUUAGAAUAUACUGCCCCCCCCUAAGCGGUGUAGAAUAUUCUGCCCCCUUAGAAUAUUCUGCCCCCCCCGUGUAAAUUACAUGAAGAUGAAACUUUCACAUAUCCACUAAUGGCUCAAAAUAUUCCUCUAGUGGAGUACGUUCAAUCCAUACACAAAAGAAAUUGUUUGUGCAACGUGCCUGGGAAAACAGCCAGGGGGCAAUAUAUUCUAGGCGGCGUAGAUUAUUCUCCACCCUUAGAGUAUUCUGCUCCCCUGUAAAUUACAUGAAGAUGAAACUUUCACAUAUCCACUGAUGGCUCAAAAUCUUCCUCUAGUGGAGUACGUUCAAUCCAUACACAAAAAAAAUUGUUUGCGCAAUAUGCCUGGAAAAACGGCCAGGGUGGGCAGUAUAUUCUAAGUGGCGUAGAAUAUUCUGCCCCCUUAGAAUAUUCUGCCCCCCCUGUAAAUUACAUGAAGAUGAAACUUUCACAUAUGCACUAAUGGCUCAAAAUGUUCCUCUAGUGGAGUACGUUCAAUCCAUACACAAAAGAAAUUGUUUGUGCAAUAUGGCUGGAAAAACGGCUAGGGGGGGGCAGUAUAUUCUAAGCGGCGUAGAAUAUUCUGCCCCCUUAGAAUAUUCUGCCCCCCUGUAAAUUACAUGAAGAUGAAACUUUCACAUAUCCACUAAUGGCUCAAAAUGUUCCUCUAGUGGAGUACGUUCAAUCCAUACACAAAAGAAAUUGUUUGUGCAAUAUACCUGGAAAAACGGCUAGGGGGGGC